GUUUUCACCGUUCGCGGCCGCACCAGUGCAGUGCUUCUAAUGAGAGCCGCCAGGUCAGAGGAUGCUGAAACUGCAUGUCAGUUACUAGCAGAGGACUUCCCCGCGUCCUUUCUGCAGCAGGUUGCUUUCGUGGCAGUCGACAAUCCCUCACGCAAGCUUUACAUGGAAGUCAAAAAUACUUGUCCAGGCCUGCAAGGCAUGUCGUUGGACACAGUGCACCUGGCCAUGGCCUGGGAAUACUCAACAUCACGCAGGCGCAGCAAAGGAUCAGCAGCUCUGCGUAAACUACUCAACAAGUUUGUAGUUGUGGAUGCUAAUUGCAGCGCAAGGUCGUUAGGAAAGUAUUACGAUGGUGGCAAAUGCGUGCCAUUGAGUGCAGAAGAGGAGCGCUAUCGACGACUUCUGGAGGAUAGAACUAUGAGGGAAAGCGUGGCGCAGCGGCUGCUUGACGAGAUAAAACUAGACUCGCCUGGAAUGGAUUCGGGCACUGGCGGCUCUUGCGAAUGCAGGAUGAAGUUGGAAGGAUUUCGCCAGGGCCCAAUCGUCGUGCAUGGCAGCUGCUGCAUUCUGCAACUGCUGCGGAAAGAUCGGAAUGGUACCUGA